UCUAGCCCACCGCCACCCUCCCGUGCCACCCCCAUCCCAUCAUCUCCAAACGCUCCCAACUCACUGGUGAGCGCUGCGGGCCGGGGGCUGGAUGCGGGGACGGCCGCGAUGGCCCCGCGCGCGGGACAGCGGGGGCUCUGGAGCCCGCUGCCAGGGCUGCUGCUCUUGGCGGCGGCGCUGAGCCGGCCCGCCGCGCCCUGUCCCUUCCAGUGUUACUGCUUCGGCAGCCCCCGGCUGCUGUUGCGCUGCGCGUCGGGCGCGGAGCUCCGGCAGCCGCCCCGGGACCUGCCACCCGACGCGCGCAACCUCACCAUCGUGGGCGCCAACCUGACCGUGCUGCGCGCGGCCGCCUUCGCGGGAGGGGACGAGGAGGCGACGGACAGCGUGCGCCUACCACUCCUCACCGCGCUGCGCCUCACACACAACAACAUCGAGGUGGUAGAGGACGGUGCCUUCGACGGGCUGCCCAGCCUGGCGGCACUCGACCUAAGCCACAACCCGCUGCGCGCCCUGGGCUCCCGCGCCUUUCGCGGACUGCCUGCUCUGCGCUCACUACUGCUCAAUCACGCGCUGGCUCGGGGCAGCCCGGGGAUGCUGGAUGCACUGGACGCCGCUCUGGCCCCGCUGACCGAGCUGCGCCUGCUGGGCUUGGCUGGCAACGCGCUGAGCCGCCUGCCACCCGCCGCGCUGCGCCUGCCGCGCCUGGAGCAGCUGGAUGCGCGCGUCAACGCGCUGGCCAGCCUGGGCCCCGACGAGCUGCGCGCUCUCGAGCGUGAUGGCGACUUGCCCCAGCCGCGCCUGCUGCUGGCGGACAACCCACUGAGCUGCGGGUGCACCUCGCGCCCCCUGCUGGCCUGGCUGCACAAUGCCACCGAGCGCGUACCCGACGCGCGCCGCCUACGCUGCGCUUCCCCGCGCGUACUGCUGGACCGUCCUCUGAUGGACCUGGACGAGGCGCGACUAGGCUGCUCCGACGGCAAUGCACACGAGCGCGGCGAAGAGGUAGACGUCGCCGGCCCGGAGUUGGAAGCCUCUUACGUCUUCUUCGGGCUGGUGCUGGCUCUCAUCGGCCUCAUCUUCCUCAUGGUGCUCUACCUAAACCGCCGCGGCAUCCAGCGCUGGAUGCGCAACUUGCGCGAGGCCUGCAGGGACCAGAUGGAGGGCUACCACUACCGCUAUGAGCAGGAUGCAGACCCGCGCCGCGCGCCCGCUCCGGCCGCCCCUGCCGGCUCCCGGGCCACUUCUCCAGGCUCGGGUCUCUGAGCCUCACCUCCCUAAAGGGGGCUAUCCCUGUCAGCUGAUGACUUUACAGGGGCCAUACAGCCUUUCCCUGCCUGGCCUGGGCCCCGGAGAUGACACACUCACGAGUUUGGAUCUCUGAGACCUUAGGAUCAAUCGUAGUAUCUCUUCCAUACCGAAAUUCCAAAGUGUACUCUUUCCCUAGCCUUAGAGUUUCCAGAUCAAAAACCCAGAAAUCUGUUUCCAGAAACAAAUCCUGCCUGCCUGCCCUUACAGGACCAUUGAAAUUCCUUCUCCCUAGCCUGGCUCACCCAAAGACCCUGCUCUU